AUGUAUCCUUGGAGUAUUUUAGGUGAUUUCAAUGUUAUCACCUCUACUAGUGAGAAGCUGGGUGGUAAAGAUUAUAAUAUUAAUAAGAGCUUGGAGUUUAUUAGUAUUAUUGAGGCAUGUGGAUUAGUUGAUAUGGGAUAUUAUGGUCAGGAUUACACUUGGUGUAAUCAUAGGAGAGAUGGUGCAAGGAUUUGGAAAAGAUUGGAUAGGGGUAUGACUAAUGAUAAAUGGAUUGAAACAAUGCCUCAUUCUAGUAUUACUCAUCUUCCUUCUGUAGGGUCUGAUCACUGUCCUUUAUUCAUAGAAAUAUGUGAUAUUCAAUCCAAUACUAUUAAAUAUUUUAAAUUUCUGAAUUUGUCGACUGAGAAUGAUUCUUUCUACAAAACUGUGGAAAAUUGUUGGAAAAGAGAUGUGAUUGGAAAUCCUAUGUGGAAUUUUCAUACAAAGUUGAGAAGGUUAACUAAAACUUUGAGAGGGUGGUCAAAACAGGAAUAUGGUGAUGUAUUUGAAAAGGUUAAACUGUAUGAGGAGUUGGUGAAAAAGGCUAAAAACGAUAUGAUCAGUAAUCAUAGUAUUGAAAAUGGUGAGAAGCUUAAUGCUUUUAAUGCUAAGUAUAUUAAGUACUUGAAGUUGGAAUAUAAGAUUAUUCAGCAGAAAACUCAGUUACAUUGGUUACAAGAGGGUGAUGCUAACACUAAAUAUUUUCAUGCUGUGAUUAGAGGUAAAAGAAAUAGAAUGGCAAUUCAUAAAUUGAUGGAUGAUAGUGGAAACUGGAUUGAAGGGGAAGAAGAUAUUGCUAAAAAGGCUUGUGAUUAUUAUGAGGAAAUUUUUACUGGAAAGAAUGAGAAAAUUACGGAAGAUAUACUGCAGUGUAUUAAUCCUAUGAUUACUCAGGAACAAAAUGAUGGUUUAGAUAGAUUACCUGAUAUGGAUGAAUUGAGAAGGAUUAUUAUGAGUAUGAAUCCUCAUUCAGCACCUGGUCCUGAUGGUUUUGGAGGAAAAUUUUACCAAGUAUGUUUUGAUAUUAUCAAAGAAGAUCUCUUGGCUGCUGUUAAUUAUUUUUAUAUUGGUAAUGGUUUUGUCAAAGGGAGGAGUAUAGCUGAGAAUAUAUCGUUGGCUCAGGAAAUUAUUCAUGGUAUUAAAAAACCAAAAGAAGGAAGUAAUGUGGUUAUCAAGUUAGACAUGGUUAAAGCAUAUGAUAGAGUAUCAUGGACUUAUACUUGUUUGGUUUUAAGGAAAAUGGGGUUCAUUGAAGUGUUUAUUGAUAGAGUUUGGAGGAUUAUGAGUAAUAAUUGGUAUUCUAUUGUAAUAAAUGGAAAGAGGCAUGAUUUUUUUCAUUCAAAGAGAGGUCUUAAACAGGGUGAUCCCCUGUCUCCUGCAUUAUUUAUUCUUGGUGCUGAAGUACUGUCAAGACAUCUAAAUCUUCUCUAUCAAAAUAAUCAAUAUAAAGGGUUACAGAUGGAAAGGAAAGGUCCAAAAAUUAAUCAUCUUAGUUUUGCUGAUGAUAUAAUUAUAUUUGCUUCUACUGAUAGUAAUUCCCUUCAUCUUAUUAUGAAAACUAUUGAAGUAUAUGAAGAUGUUUCAGAUCAAAAGGUUAAUAAAGAAAAAAGUUUCUUUAUGGUAUCAUCUAACACAGGUCAUGACAUUAUAGAGGAGAUUAAGAUGGCUAUUGGUUUUAAUAGGAAGAACAGUCCUAUCAAUUAUCUUGGGUGUCCAUUAUAUAUAGGAGGGCAAAGGAUUAUCUAUUACUCUGAGGUGGUUGAAAAGUGGUGGGAUUUUAGAACUAAAAAAUGCUUAUGGAGUCAGUUUUUAAAAGCCAAAUACUGUCAAAGUGCCAAUCCUGUGGCUAAAAACUUUUGGUGGGAUAAUUGGUUGGAUACUGAAACUAUUGCCAGUCAAAGUGAUCAAAUAUCUAGUUUAAAUAAUAGUGUGGUUGCUGAUUUCAUAAAGGAUGGUAAGUGGAAUGAAAGGCUUAUUAGACAACAGGUGACACCUUUGAUGAUACCUAAGAUUUUGCAGACAAACUUCAAGUAUACUGCAGGAAAAGAAGACACUGCAAUAUGGACUCCAUCUGAAACUGGCAAAUUUACUAUAGCUACUGCAUGGGAGUGUAUUAGAAAGAAAAGAAAUUUUGACAUUAUUAAUACAAUUAUUUGGCAUAAACAAUUACCUUUUAAAAUAGCCUUCUUCAUUUGGAGAGCUUUAAAAGGUAAAUUGCCUACUAAUGAACUUUUGCAGAAAUUUGGUAAAGCUAUCUCUGAGUGUUAUUGUUGUUAUAUUAACGACAAAGAUGACAUUAAUCACAUUUUGAUUAAUGGCAACUUUGCUAAACAUAUAUGGAAAACCCAUGCUGCAACACUUGGAAUUGUGCCAGUCAACACUACUCUUAGAGCCCAACUAUUGAAAUGGAAGGAUCAGCAAUCUAACAAUGAGCUACAGAAACUACUUAUUCAAAUUUUACCUAAUCUAAUUUGUUGGCAUUUAUGGAAGAACAAGUGUGCUGUCAAGUAUGGAAAGAAGAGCUCCAACAUAUAUAGAGUACAACAUGGCAUAUUUAAGGAUGUAAUGCAGGUUAUCAAACUUGUGUUUCCAAGUAUACCAUGGCAGUCUAGUUGGAGCAAGCUAAUUAACAUAGUCGAGCACUGCAAACAGCAAUAUAACAUAGUGUUGGUGAGAUGGAAUAAACCAGUUUUAGGCACUCACAAACUUAAUACACAUGGGAGUGCUAUACAGAACUCAGGCAAGAUUGGAGGUGGUGGUAUUUUAAGGGAUCAUCAAGGUAAAAUAGUUUAUGCUUUUUCUCUACCUUUUGGUUUUGGAACUAACAAUAUUGCAGAGAUAAAAGCUGCUCUAUAUGGGCUGGAGUGGUGUGAGAAACAUGGAUACAAAAGAGUGGAAUUGGAAGUUGAUUCAGAACUGCUGUACAACUGGAUCAAAAACAAAAUACGAAUUCCAUGGAGAUAUGAAGAUCUUGUCCAACAAAUCCAGCACAUAAUUAGGAAAAUGGAACACUUUCAGUGUCAUCACAUAUACAGGGAAGCAAACAUCACUGCAGACUUGCUAUCCAAAUGGAGUCACAGUCUGGAAUUAGUUCAACACAUCUACACAACAAGACAACUUGAAGGGGCAAUUAAAGGAAACUAUCUAUUGGAGAAGAUGAACACACAAAACUUUAGAAGAAGGAAGCUCAAGAGAAUAAAACAUCCACCUUAG